CCGUCACGCCAUUUUCCAUCGACGACCGAGUGGAACAAACCAGCGGGACGAGCGCCGAUUUUCUGAGCUGUGAGCUGCACCAAACACGAUAGUCAUGCAUCGUGACUGUCCUCUUGACUGCAAGGUCUAUGUUGGGAACCUGGGCAACAAUGGGAACAAGACGGAGCUAGAGAGGGCGUUUGGCUACUAUGGUCCUCUCCGCAGCGUCUGGGUGGCCAGGAACCCCCCAGGCUUCGCCUUUGUAGAAUUUGAAGAUCCCAGAGAUGCAACUGAUGCAGUGCGUGAGCUCGAUGGCAGGACACUGUGCGGGUGCCGGGUGCGAGUGGAGCUGUCCAAUGGUGAGAAGCGGAGCCGCACUCGCGGUGCUCCUCCUUCGUGGAGCAGGCGUCCUCGAGACCGAGAUGACUACAGGCGUCGUAGCCCUCCACCCAGGCGAAGAUCUCCACGCAGGCGGAGCUUCAGCCGCAGCCGUAGCAGGUCUUUCUCCAGAGACAGGAGGAGAGACAGGUCCAUCUCCAGGGACAGGAACCACAAACCUUCGAGGUCUUUCUCCCGAUCAAGGAGCCGCUCCAGGUCUAAUGACAGAAAAUGAAAGUCUGUCAUGUGUAAGGGGAGCUGAAGAUGAACGGUUGUACAGCCUUUGCCGUUUCAUAUGAUGGACUUCAACAUGGCCGUGUUGCCAUUUUUUGUUUGUGCGUGUUU